AUGAGCCACCCACUGCAAACCGAUGGGCAAAAACUCAAAGAAUACGUUCAACAGUUGUACAGAAAACGGCUAUCGAUUCGUGAGGCUCAUCGAGAAGUUUGUAGUCAGAUUUUGAGAGAUUUGAGGGGAGAAGGAGGAGACACGCCGAGAAGUUCAAGAGGUUCAAAACAAGAAACCCCACCACCAAGACCUCUACAUCGAACAGUGUCUGAAGAUGAGGAAGCGAGAAUUUCCAGAAUGCUCGCAGAUUUAAACCUAGCUCCAAAAGAAGUGCUUCCUGGCCCUUCAGUGGAAUUCAAGUCUUCAGAAGAUCCAAGAAAUUGGUGUCACGAUGCUCCGAUUCCUGAUGAAUACCAAGGACCGGUGUCAACGCCAGAAGACCUUCCCGGACCAUCUUCCAAGAAUCGGAGCUUCUCGGAUCCAUCACCAGCUGUGCCAGCAAGACUAGUUGAAGCUGUGGAAAGAGAUCGGAGCUUCUCAACCACGAAUUCCAGUUCAGAACUUCUGAAAAGAGGUGCGCACUUCUCGAAAGAGGAGCCUCCAAACGGACCGAAUCCCAAAAAGCCGAAAUACGAAGGUUCCAGACCCAUUGUCCUUGUGAAUAUGUCUGAAACGCCACUAAGACCAUUUCGAAUCGAUUGGGUUGAGCGUGCGGGGACUUAUGAUGUCUAUGAGACGUUUGAAAAUGACACAAACGAUCAAAUUCCGUUGGCUGACAUUUAUGAGAUUUAUUUGGACGAAAUGGUUGAUGAGAUGCAAGAAAUCGAGAGGGAUGAGACGCAGAUGAUUCAGAAUUCAGAGGAUAUUUUUAAGUUAUUCUUCAUUCGCCGAAUUUGUACCGAAUCCUCCCGAGUAGCUGACUGCCUCAACCUUCCUAUCAAGUCAGUUGCCUGGACAACAGGCUACAGAAUCAUUCAAAUCGAUUUGAUUGAUUUCAACGAUUCCAAAAUUCAACUUCAAUAUUUUUGGCAACCAAAUGGAGCACUUGUGAGAUAUGGAGCAGACAAAAAGCUAGUACCAGUCAAUGGAAAGGAAUAUGAGGAUGUGGCCUGCUGCGAUUUUGUAUACAUUUUGAAAGGAGUGAAUUUGAAAUUGGACUGGUUGGCAUUCUACAUUGAGGCUUACAGUCCUCUGCAUCCAGGAGUCUUUCCGAACCUUGACGUCUUCUAUCUUAUGAGAAUGUUUAUGACCCAAGUGAUCGCAAAGAAGACUUUGGAAGUCUCUAAAUUCAGAUUUACGCUCAGUAGAAGAUUCGCUUUCGACCCCAAAAUUUCUCAUAUGUUUUCAUUUCAUCAUUGCAUAGAUUGGCUCCAAAACUGGCUGCAACCAGUCGACGGACUCUCAAUUUGGGUUUGGGACGAUUCCAAAGUGUCCAGCACCAAUAAAAAGUUUCGCCCCAAAUCGGACUCAAUGGAAAGAUUACAGUAUGAAGCGAUUGAUUUGUUUAUCUACCCGAAAAUUCCACUAUGGAUGGAAGCGAAAAAAAUUGAGAUUCGUGAUUUGAUUAAAAUCAAUUGGAACUAUUUUUAUCACUUUGAAAUUGUUAAUCUGGAGAAGCUCGAUGCGUGGCUUGUGUUGCAUAUUUGUGAGGUCCUCAAAAAACAAAUUGCCACACAAGGGUGCACGGUUUAUUUGGACGAAAAUCUGAACUUUGAAGAAAUCCAACAAAUCCUUGCUCACUACAAAUUUGGAGAAUUUUCGGAUGAGGAGAAUCCCAAAAAGCUGAAAUUCGUGUCUGAAAAGCAUGACUAUGAAGUUUUUGUGGAAUUUGGAGAGGCGGAAAUUCAAAUUAGUGUCAAGGAUAUUCCAUUGGAAUUGCGGCCAAAACCAAAACCGAUUCCCUUCAAAACGACGCCAAGGAAAUUUGCACAUUUGUGA